AUGGGCUGUUUUCCUGCUCUUCUAUCCCUAAGAACGUUUCCAUUUCCAUCUCGCUUACAGUUAUCCCAAGUUUCACCUGUUCAGUCUAAUAUUAUCGAAAUGAGAUUCUCAUCUGCUUUAUUUGUUGCAAUUUCUGCCUCUUUGGUGGUUGCGGUUCCUGUUAGCUCGGGGACUGAAGCAGCCGCCGAAUGGUUUGACAAGGCCUACUCCGAGAAGCGCUCCCCUGAGAAGGAUGCCGCCGCUGAGUGGUUUGACAAGGCCUACGAGUCGAAUUAA